UUUUGACAUUCAGAUCUUUGCUGUGCUUGUUUACCAGUGAUGGCUGUAUUGGCUAUGACCUGUUGUUGUGACCGUCGUGAAUGUCAGUGUUGUAUAAAUGAGCCAUUUCAUAAUAGAUAACUUUAUCAGUCAGAAGGUCGUCUUUAGAAAACGUAUGCUUGUUUUACUUUUCAUCCAGUGGCAAUAUUUUUCUUUAUUUUUCCAGCACAAAUAACAUGAGUGUCAAAGAACAGAGAAACGGUGUUGCAGUAAUGAACGGCAGUACUGGCAGCAAAACCUCCAUAAACCCAAAGGACUCUUGUAUCCUAAACGGCAGUGUCACAAGCACUGAGCUCAGUGCUGCUUCAGAGGACCGAGAGUCUCAUCCUCCCAGCUACACUGACGGAGCUGCUGAAGGACAUUCAGAUUUGGCCCCGGGUGAUGAGCUAUGGAGCACCAGCAGAGAGAAGGCAGUCAAGCUGAGAAUGGAGGAGUCAGGGCCGGGCUCAGAGACUCCAAUCACCAUCCAUGAGAUGUUUAAGAAGACAGUGGACACUUUCGGGGAUCAUUCAGCCUUGGCGUUCAAAAAAGAGGGUCAGUGGGAGAUGGUGACAUGGAAGCAGUACUAUGAGCAGUGCCGGACAGCUGCUAAAAGUUUCAUGAAGUUGGGGUUGGAGCGGUACCAUGGUGUGGGGAUUCUGGGUUUUAACUCCCCCGAAUGGUUCAUCUCAGACAUCGGCUGCAUCUUAGCAGGGGGUUUGGCAACUGGAAUUUACACCACCAACUCUCCAGAAGCUUGUCAGUAUGUAGCCGCCAGCUGUGAUGCCAAUGUCCUGGUGGUGGAAAACCAGAAGCAGCUUGACAAAAUCUUGCAGAUUAAAGAUCAACUUCCUCACCUGAAAGCCAUUGUGAUGUAUAAAGGCGAGCCGCAGCAGAAAGCACCGUUCCUGCAUACAUGGGAAGAGUUCAUGAAGCUUGGAGAGGACGUGCCUGAGCAGAAACUAGAUGACAUGAUUAAAAGUCUUAAACCCAAUGAGUGCUGCUCUCUCAUUUAUACCUCUGGAACCACUGGCAAGCCUAAAGGAGUCAUGUUGAGCCAUGACAAUCUGACGUGGACAUGCAACCAAGCCGCUCUUACGUUUGAUAUAAACUACGCUGAAGAAGUAAUGGUCAGUUACCUGCCGCUCAGUCACGUGGCAGCCCAGAUCAUUGACAUGUGGCUGGCUAUUAGCUACGCCACAACUACCUACUUUGCAGACCCAGAUGCCCUCAAGGGCUCCUUAGUUAACACAAUGAAAGAGGCUCGUCCAACAUGUUUCCUCGGGGUUCCUCGUGUGUGGGAAAAGAUGCAGGAGAAGAUGAAAGCUGUGGGAGCCAAGGCAUCGCCACUGAGGAGGAGUGUGGCAAGCUGGGCAAAAUCUAUAGGCCUGCAGUACAACUACAGCAUCAUGAAUGGGGAGAAUCUGGUGCCAUGGGGCUUUACGCUGGCUAACACCCUGGUCUUUAAGAAGGUGCGUGCCGCACUGGGCUUAGAUCGCUGCAAGCUCUGCAUCACAGGUGCUGCCCCAAUCACCAAGGACACCUUGGAUUUCUUUGUGAGCCUGAACAUCCCUGUGUUAGAGACCUACGGCAUGAGUGAAUGCACCGGCCCACACACCCUCUCUCUGAGUGACCAAUUCCGCCUCACAAGCUGUGGUAAGGCGAUGCCGGGCUGCAAGACAAAGCUGGAGAAGCCAGACACGGAUGGUAAUGGAGAGAUCUGUUUCUGGGGUCGACAUGUCUUCAUGGGCUAUCUGAACAUGCCGGACAAAACUGCAGAGGCAAUUGAUGAGGACGGCUGGCUGCACUCUGGAGAUCUGGGGAGACACGACAAGAAAGACUUCCUCUACAUCACUGGAAGGAUCAAGGAGUUGAUCAUCACAGCAGGAGGAGAGAACAUUCCCCCGGUGCCCAUCGAGGAUGCGCUGAAGGCUGAGGUUCCCAUCAUCAGCAAUGCCAUGCUGCUGGGAGACAAGCUCAAGUUUCUCUCCAUGCUGAUCACUCUCAAAUGCGUUGUCGAUGAUAACGGUGAGCCCACAGAUGAGCUGAGCCCCGAGGCUUUGGACUUCUGCAGGAAUAAUAGUGUCAAGGCGACCAAGGUGUCAGAGGUAAUAGCCAAUAAGGAGCCAGUGAUCUACACAGCCAUUCAGGAGGGUAUAGAGCGUGUUAAUGCUACAGCAACAUCCAACGCUCAGAGGGUCCAGAAGUUUGUCAUACUGGAGCGGGACUUCUCUAUCAGUGGAGGAGAACUGGGACCCACUUUGAAGCUGAGGAGGCCCAUCGUUGUGAAGAUGUACCAGGAGAAAAUAAAUGAAAUGUAUCAGGAGACAAAGCAAUAAACUUUUCUGCACAAAAGGGAGAAUGUUAUCAGGAAGCUGAUGUCAGGAUUUGCGAACACUAUUUGUUGUCCAGAUGUCAUUUUGAAAAAUGUAUAAAACUAUUUUUCACCGGGAUGUGUAAAGUGCAAACUAAGAUUUUUUUUUUUUAAUUCAGACUGUGUUGUAUUUAGAGUUAUAUAUUGAUAUGUCAAGUUUCUGUUGUCAGUCUCACAUUAAUAUUUAAGCUAUAAAAUGCACAUACAGCAGUUAUGCACAUUGUGUAAAUAAAAAAACUCAAAUCAGAGCCAAUAUCUUGCCACUUUAUACUAGUGCACAAUACAGGUGAACUGCCCAAACAUGCAGGGUGAAAACACUGGAUUGUGUCAGUACAUAUUUAACGUUUUGCGGGAUAUUCUUAUAAACAUAAUUUACUGUAAAAGUUGAAACUUUUUAAAGAUCAUCAGCAUUAAUUUACUGUUUCCAGUCUAAUGUUGUGUACUUAGAAUAUUCCUUUUCUAAUAUUCAGACACUACCUUUCAAAUAUUGAAUGUAAUGUCUAAAUAAAUGUUUGAUAAAGUAAAACGAGUAUAAUAAAAACAACA